UCUGCCAGUAGGAUCCGCAGCAGCCUCUAAUAUGGGGGCGGAACAGCCGGCAACAUUGUAGUAAAGUUAUUGUAGCUUCCACUCCCAUGCCAGUCCACGCGGCAUCACCAUACCAACAGUAACUAAUACCACGUUUAGCUAACUAGCUACUGUACCGGACUACUUAGCUAGCAAAACUUUAUGUAGGUUUUCACCUCGCAAUAUUCAUGAAUGGUUGAAUAGAAGUUUGAAGAAAUAUUCCUCAACAUGUCAAAUUUGAAGAAACGUCACUCCAAGUCCUCGGGGGAAUCAGGCGUCCACGAAGAAGUGUUUUCUCUGAUUGAAGGCAGUGCGCUCUCAAACCCAACUGAAAGAAAGACGAGUAAAUGUGGCAGCAUCUCCGGGAAGAACACAGUUGAACUGAAAAGAACUAUAACUCUACUGAAUGGUGUUGCUAUCAUCGUGGGUAGCAUCAUCGGCUCGGGGAUAUUCGUGACACCCAUCGGGGUAGUGAAGGAAGCUGGUUCAGUCGGACUGUCGUUGAUCAUUUGGGCAGUGUGUGGGUUGUUCUCGACAAUGGGGGCUCUGUGCUAUGCAGAAUUAGGGACCACCAUCACCAAAUCUGGAGGAGAUUAUGCCUACAUCCUAGAGGUCUAUGGGUCUCUUCCUGCAUUCCUAAAACUCUGGAUAGAACUACUGAUCAUCCGCCCUUCUUCUCAGUACAUCGUUUCUUAUGUAUUUGCCACUUAUUUACUCAAACCCAUCUUCCCGUUCUCUCCGGUACCAGAAAAUGUCGCUAAAUUGAUCGCCUGCCAGUGUAUAUUGCUCUUGACAGCAGUAAACUGCUGGAGUGUGAAGGCUGCCACAUGGGUUCAAGAUGUCUUCACUGCAGCCAAGCUCCUCGCUCUGGUGCUCAUCAUCCUCCUCGGCUUUGUACAGAUUGGCAGAGGAGGGACGGAGCGUCUUUGGCCAGAGAACGCAUUCGAAGGGACAAGGACGGACGUUGGCAGCUUCGGGUUGGCCCUGUACAGUGGCCUGUUUGCCUACGGAGGCUGGAAUAAUUUAAAUUUAGUCACAGAAGAGAUGAUUGAGCCGCACAAGAACCUGCCGCGUGCCAUCAUGCUCUCCCUGCCCAUGGUGACGGUGGUGUAUGUCCUUACUAACCUGGCCUACUUCACCACCAUCAGCCCUGAGGAGAUGGUGGCUUCAGAGGCCGUGGCAGUGGACUUUGGUAACUUCCACCUGGGCGUCAUGGCCUGGAUCAUCCCUGUGUUUGUGGGACUGUCCUGUUUCGGCUCCGUUAACGGAUCACUCUUCACCUCCUCCAGGUUGUUUUUGGUCGGGUCACGAGAAGGUCACCUGCCCAUUCUGUUGUCCAUGAUCCACCCGAUCCUGCUCACCCCUCAGCCUUCACUCAUCUUCACCGUGAGUCCUGUCAUUAUCAUUCUGUUGUCCAUGAUCCACCCGAUCCUGUUCACCCCUCAGCCUUCACUCAUCUUCACCUGCAUAAUGACGUUGCUGUAUGCAUUGUCCAGCGACAUCUUCUCCAUCAUCAACUUCUUCAGCUUCGUCAACUGGCUCUGCGUUGCCAUGGCAAUCAUCGGCAUGAUGUGGCUGCGAUACAAGAGACCUGAACUGGAGCGACCCGUCAAGGUGAAUCUUCUACUCCCGGUGAGUUUCGUGAUAUUGUGUGUCUUCCUCAUUGUGGUGUCAUUUUGGAAGACGCCCGUGGAGUGUGGCAUCGGCUUCGGUAUCAUCACCACUGGAGUACCCGUCUAUUUCUUUGGUGUUUGGUGGCAGAAGAAACCCAGCUGGAUCAUCAAUGGCAUCAGCUUGUUGACCGUGUUCUGUCAGAAGCUGCUGAACGUGGUUCCUCAGGACUCAUGAACUCAACCUAUUCUCCACUGCAACCCAAAGCCGCUGUACCACCACUGAAGCAGUACUGGACGGUUAAGGUGUGUUCAUCUCAGGCUGAUCACUGUGAAUACUCUCUAACCUUUGACUCCUAACCUUGAUUAAGGAGUCAGUGGUGAUGGGGGGGUGGGUUUAUUGUGUCCAGAAGGAAGGGGUGGGGGACCAACUAGUAAGUAGGCCUAACUAUUCGGUUGUUUACACAGAAAACCCACCUUGCUGUCUUUUCUUUAAAUUUUCAAAGGGUCUUUUCUUUACAUUUUCAAAUGGUCUUUUCUUUACAUUUUCAAAUGGUCUUUUCUUUACAUUUUCAAACGGUCUUUUCUUUACAUUUUCAAACGGUCUUUUCUUUACAUUUUCAAACUGUCUUUUCUUU